UUCAGCCCAACCCCGACCCGACCCAGUCCAUCCUAAUUACCUCUUUCCUUCACCCUAGCAGCUCAUAUCCCACGCGGCUAUCACUCAAACAACUCUCUCACCGACCCUAGCAGCAGUUGACGACAGCCAACUCCGCCGACGGACAGAAACGCAGCAGCAGCCAACGAUCAUCUCUCUCACAAACGACCCUGCAGCCGCCGACGCAUCAACGCCGCCGACGGACGGACAGCAACUCCGGCGACUUGUGCUCUGUUUGAUUGUACGUUCAGUUUUAAGAAAUGGUGAUUCCUCCACCAGUUAGACCAGACAGAGUGACGAAGUUUCUCAAACCUUAUGUGCUGAGGAUGCACUUCACAAACAAGUAUGUAAAUGCUCAAGUAGUUCACACACCAACAGCAACAGUGGCUGCUUCUGCAAGCACACAAGAGAAAGGCUUAAGGCUUGCCAUGGUAGAAUCAAAAGAAAAUACUAGAGAUGUUGCUGCUGCUGCAAAAAUAGGUAAGUUGUUGGGAGAGCGGUUGCACGCUAAAGGAGUUCCUGCCAUAUCUGUUUUCUUUAAGAGAGAACAAAGAUACCAUGGAAAGGUCAAAGCAGUUAUUGAUUCAGUGAGAGAAGCCGGCAUAGAAUUGGUUUGAUUGAACCAUUUUUCUCUUUUCUCUGCCUGCUGGAUUUCCUCUCCCAGGCAAAGGAUUUAUAUGUUCCAUUAGCUCUACUUUGGACAAUUUGCUUUCCUUAGUUCUUGCACGAUGGAGCAAUGUGUGAUUUGCAAUGUAUAAGAUGUCACUUCUAACAUUCCCUGUGUUUUGAACCCUCAAUUCCAAGAGCAAGGUUCAUACCUGACCUGUAUUUUCCGUAACAAGAGUUAGCUAAUACUUAUUAAGUCCUAUUCA